AUGGAGGCCGUGUUGUUGAGUCUAGACGAGGCGAUCUUUACUCGGCAGGGUCUGCUGUGGACUCUCACCUCCACGGCCUUGCAACGCUUGCGUGUGCAUGCCAGGAACCUUCCUGGACCCCUGCACCUAUUUCACACAAACAGGUGUGUGCCUAGGCCACUGUACCAGAUGACAGAGGGGAGGCGAUGUCAGGUCCAUCUCCUCGACGACAGGAAGCUGGAGCUCCUGGUACAGCCCAAGCUGAUGGCAAAGGAUUUGCUGGAUCUCGUGGCCUCUCACUUCAACCUCAAGGAGAAGGAGUACUUUGGAAUCGCAUACACAGACGAAACGGGCCAUUUUAGUUGGCUGCAGUUGGACCGCAGGGUAUUAGAACAUGAGUUUCCCAAGAAGUCUGGUCCUAUUGUCCUCUACUUUUGUGUCAGAUUCUACAUAGAGAGUAUAUCCUACCUGAAGGACAAUGCCACUAUUGAGCUUUUCUUUCUUAAUGCAAAAUCCAUCAUCUACAAGGAGCUUAUUGAGGUGGACAGUGAGAUUGUCUUUGAAUUGGCUUCCUAUAUUGCACAAGAGGCCAAAGGUGAUUUCACCAGCAAUGAUGCAACAAGGUGUGACCUGAAAAAGCUGCCUGCUCUGCCCACCCAGGCCCUAAAGGAGCACCCAUCCCUGGCCUACUGUGAAGACCGGGUCGCAGAGCAUUACAAGAAGCUCAACGGGCAGUCCAGGGGCCAAGCUAUUGUAAAUUAUAUGAGCAUUGUAGAGUCUCUGCCCACAUAUGGAGUACAUUACUAUGCUGUUAAGGACAAGCAGGGGAUCCCUUGGUGGUUGGGUCUGAGCUAUAAAGGCAUCUUUCAGUAUGACCACCAGGACAAGAUCAAGCCCCGGAAGGUGUUCCAAUGGCGUCAGCUGGAGAACCUCUAUUUCCGAGAGAAGAAGUUUUCAGUGGAAGUUCAUGACCCCAGAAGGGCGUCGGUGACAAGAAGGACGUUUGGUCACAGUGGCAUCGCUGUGCAUACGUGGUACGCCUGUCCCGCCCUCAUCAAGUCCAUCUGGGCCAUGGCCAUCAGCCAACACCAGUUCUACCUGGACCGCAAGCAGAGCAAGUCAAAGAUCCACGCAGCACGGAGCUUGAGUGAAAUUGCGAUAGACCUCACGGAAACAGGAACUCUGAAGACCUCCAAACUUGCCAACAUGGGCAGCAAGGGCAAGAUUAUCAGUGGCAGCAGUGGCAGUCUGCUCUCCUCAGGCUCUCAGGAAUCCGACAGCUCCCAGACAGCUAAGAAGGACAUGCUGGCAGCACUAAGGGCCAGGCAGGAAGCUCUGGAGGAAACGCUAAAACAGAGACUAGAGGAACUGAAGAACAUCUGCAUCAGAGAGGCGGAACUGACAGGAAAGCUUCCGAAGGAAUAUCCUCUGGAUGUGGGAGAGGAGCCGCCCACAGUGAGAAGAAAGAUCGGUACGGCCUUCAAACUGGACGAGCAGAAGAUUCUUCCUAAGGGAGAGGAAGAGGAGCUGGAGCGGUUGGAGCGGGAGUUUGCCAUUCAGUCCCAGAUCACAGAGGCAGCCCGGCGUCUGGCCAGCGAUCCUCACCUAACCAGUAAGAAGCUGAAGAAACAGAGGAAGACGUCUUAUCUGAACGCACUGAAGAAGCUCCAGGAAAUUGAGAACUCUAUCAAUGAUUGCCGGGUUCGCUCUGGAAAGAAACCAACGCAGAGAGCAUCACUUAUCAUUGAAGAAGCCAAUAUUGGUUCUGAAGACAGCUCACUGUCCGACGCACUGGUUUUAGAUGAUGAUGACCCUCAAGUUACAGGAACCCCCACCUUCUCUCCGGUAGCAUCCCCUCACAAGGGCCUCCCUCCUCGGCCUCCAUCUCACAGUCGGCCCCCCCCACCGCAGUCCCUGGACGGCCUGCGACACCUGCACUACACACGCUCGGACUACGACAAAUCACCCAUCAAGCCCAAGAUCUGGAGUGAAUCGUCACUGGAUGAGCCCUAUGAAAAAGUCAAGAAACGCUCCUCUCACCCAAGGCGUUUCCCGAGCUCGGGCAGUGCAGAGGCAGGAGGCAGUAACUCUCUGCAGAGCAGCCCCAUCAGGAGCCUCCCUCUCUGGAACUCUCAGUCCAGCAUGCCGUCGACCCCGGACCUGAGGACUAGGAACCCACACUAUGUACAUUCUACUCGGUCAGUGGACAUCAGUCCAACCCGUCUGCACAGUCUCGCUCAGCACUUUAGGAACCGCAGCUCCAGCCUCGAGUCCCAGGGCAAGCUGCUCAUGUCCGACCCUGACACACACCCGCACGCCCUGGGAACACUGGGCAGUCCGGACUUCUUCCUGGUCCCAGGACGCUCCAAUGGCUCUGACCCACUGGAUGACUGCUCAUCGUGCACCAGCCACAGCAGCUCAGAGCAUUACUACCCCGCUGGCGGACCCCCUGGCAGCAACCCCAACUACUCUACUCUGGGAGAGGACUCACCCUCCAAAGCCAGGCAGAGGCAGAGGCAAAGGCACAGGUCUGCUGGAAACCUGGGUUCCUCUAACUCCGGCUCCAUGCCAAACCUGGCAGCUAAGAACGGCUCUGUCGGAGGAUCCGGUGGAGGCAGCAUCGGGGGGGGACACCACGGAGUUUACCUCCACAGCCAGAGCCAGCCCUCCUCUCAGUACCGCAUCAAGGAGUACCCGCUGUACGUGGAGGGCAGCCCCAACCCCGUGGUGGUGCGCAGCCUGGAGAGCGACCAGGAGGGCCACUACAGCGUGAAGGCCCAGUUCAAGACCUCCAGCUCCUACACCGCGGGGGGACUGUACAAGGAGGCCUGGGGGGGAGAGGAAGGAGGAGAGGGCAGCGGCCGUCUCACGCCGUCGCGCUCGCAAAUCGUUCGGACUCCGUCAUUGGGGCGAGAGGGUGGUGGAGGAGGAGGGGGGAGGACAGCGGUAUCUGAUGAACUACGAUGCUGGUACCAAAGGUCCUCAGGGAGCGUGAAGGAGAGGAAUCAUUCCCACUCGGGGUCCACCUCCUCCGAGACGGGGUCGCAGCAAGGCACUCUGGGACAUGGACGAGGGAGCAGAGUAGGGGCGCUCGCCAAGGGCUCACCAGCUGCGUCCCCUCACAGCCAGAGGAGUAUGACGCCCUCCAGUGAACACGCAGCCACGCCCACUCCCACUCCCCCCUGUAGCCCACAGCACAUCCUCAACUGGCAGAGCGGGUCGUUCAGUGACAGCUGUUUUCCCAGCAGCCCCCUGUGUGCAGAGCUGGCAGAUGUGCAGUGGUACGGACACGACAAGGCCAAACCUGGAACCCUGGUCUGAGACCUUCCUUUAGAAGCCGAGAAAAGUCCCGUGGCCCUCUCCUACUGCCUCUCCACUGUCCCUCACUACUACACAUCGACAACCAACAACCUCAUCCUUAAAACCCUACAAGAUCCUGCCCCGACCGGACUGGUGGACUGGAUAUGAGCCUUCCUCCUCCUCCCUAUGUCCCGCCCUCCAUCCAUUUCCUCCUCUUUAUUAUGCCCCCUCCUCUAUCACAGCUCAGCCAGACAGGGACACACUCACUGGGCUCUGAUUAGGGCGGAUUUCAUCAGACAGACUGAGAAGUGCCACCUCAGCUGUUGAACAGUUGCCCUACAGCACCAAGGAGCUCCGUCUGUACCCCCCCUCUCAAUGGGAGCAGGGGGAAGAAGCGAUGGGGAUAGAGAGCACAGAAACUCAAACUCAACUAAAUUCAAGCAUCGGCCAUUUCCAGGAUCCGCUUCAUAUCUCAUCUCCCUCCCUAAUAUAACAAACUUUAGUGCAUUGCCAACAAAUCAUUACUGGAUUUGAGCCACCAGUUUAUAACCCAUUCCCUGCCCUCAAACAAACUGUGUUGGUCCUCAUUCCUCCCAUCAGUGUUGUUUGUCUUGUUUCCGUUCGUUAAUUUCUCCCCUGCGUAAUUAUAAAUAAGAAACAGAUGACACCAACUUUUCAAAAAUCGGGAUUAACACACAUGACUCUUCUCAGUUUUUAACCCACAACCAAAGACAACUACUGGAUUGACUGGUCACACCUUGAGGAUAAGAGCGACUGUGAAUUCGCAGGACGGUUUCUGGGACGCUGUGGGGAAUAUUUACGAGGACUAUAGCAAUAACAAACAAUGUACAAGCCUACGAAGUGGUGUGUAAAAUCCUGAGUGAACUGAAGCACGUGUUCUCUGCCUUGUGAUGCCUGGAGUCGAGGCUCCUCAGUGCAUCUCGGGGAGAAUAUGGUGUUUUGGUUAUUGUGUUUGGCAUCAAGCUCCGUUGCUCUUCGUACGUGUCUGGUCCUUACACGAUUCCUCUGUCCGUAACGGUUUGUUUGGCCGCAUGGUGGUGGAGGACGAACAGUGCUGGAGCUUCAUCUUUUAACGUGACCACACACGAUCACAGUUACUGCAACCUUUCAUUCCUGCUCUCCACAUCUUUCAUCUCCCGCCCUGACAGAAGGAGAUGAUGUGGCUGUUGACACCUGCUGGCAUGACUUGUAGUUUGACAUUGAGGCUGUAAAGUGAUAAAUCUCAACAGUGAAUCAUCUUGUUUUUAUCACUGCUGUCUCCUCUUUGGUCUUGGAUUUAUUUAGCAGCUCUCACCACGCUGGGUGUUUGCAUCAGUCCCUCUGUAGCACUGUGUCUUCUCCUCUUUCUGUCCGUCUCUUCAGCAUGACAGCAGCAUCCUGACUGAACACACGCAGUCUGAACUCAGUGCUGGACAGAUCACCCGCUGACUGUCGAAAUACUUUGCAUCUAUGGGCACACACGAGUACUAAUAUAUUUGUGCCAAACAUGUUACACGUGUACUGUAUUCAGCGCUGGAACGGCAAUUUGUUUGAGCUGUAGAUCCUUCAAAUCCCCACAGUGCAUAGACAUCCUAUUAAACAGCAAGGAAGCCAGAUUCUGCUUCACAUACGAUUUGGCAUCAGAUGGCCUGUUAAGGAAGUCGACUGUACUUUGGUUUUAAAGCACAACGUUAACAGUGUGUGAGGGCUGGAGCUACUGCUGUUGUAUGUUCUCAUUUUCCACUCUCACCUAGUGAUGAGUUGUAUCGAGGUGCAAACAGGCAACUAGAAAAGCUAGAACCGCAGACGAGGCGUUAAAUAACCGUAUCUUUUACAGCACAUAGAUUCAUGAAUAGUUCAUAUUACCACAGUGUCCGGGCAGACGACAAGCCAUAAUAAGAAGUGAGGGAAAAAAGCCUCUUGAGACGGAGUGACUUAUUUUAUCGCACGUCCCAAAACAACAAUCACAUAUUCAGAACAGGGUUAGAAAAGCACACCUGGUUUUGUACAAAGGAAGUUGAACUGUGCAUGUUCUUGCUGUCCCCGAACCGGUUCCCCUUCGCUCCCCAGAACAAGGGUGACCCGCUGUUCCGUCUUCGCACAAAAUGUGAAGAUAACGACAGAUUCUGGAUAAAUCGUGUAUCUGGCUGGGGUCGUCGGCGCGCAUCUUCCUCUGGCCCUCGCUGUGGUGUUUCCUUUAUGCACAGCUGUUGUAAUCUGCCACUUUCUAGACUAU